AUAUCUAUUCCUGAGUGUACUGAGUGACAAGGACAGGGAGAGGACACACAUAUUCAGCUCGUUCUUCUUUAAGCGUCUGACCCAGAGACAAGGUCGCUGUGGACCAGAGGACAACAUGGCAGAUAAAACUCCAGCAGAGAAGAAGCAUGCCAGGGUCAAAAACUGGACAAAGAAAGUGGAUCUCUUUGAGAAAGACUUCAUUUUUGUACCAAUUAAUGAACAUUCUCAUUGGUUCCUGGCUGUGAUUUGCUUCCCUGGACUUCCCAGUGCCAAACGUGUAACUUACGUACCAAAGUCAGCCAGAAUGGUAACACCACCGACAAUAGGACCAGAAAUCUCUCCUCUAGACCCCAAGUCAAAAGAGGACGGGGGCGCAGGAAAGGAACCAGUCAAAUCAGAAGGAGGAGGACUAGAAAAGGAACCAGUCAAAUCACUUAAAGGCUAUCGAAUUCCAAAGGUUGUAAAAAACAGUGAACCGGUCAGUGAAAGUGGUGACGGAUCAGUGAAGGGGGUACCUGAUGAUGAGAACAGCAGUGAGAGUGGGAAAAGUGCAGAGAGUGGGAAAAGUGCUGCAGAGGCGAUGGAGACAGAGGAAAAUUCACUAUCAGAGGGACAGAAAAAAGAAAUAGCUGAGGAUUCAGAAGAAAUGAUGGACACAAGUGAAAGUCCUGCUCAGUCUGAAAUGGAGGAAAGUCAGGCAGAGACAGAGAAAUCAAAGGACCCGUCUGAUACCAGCUCACAGGACACAGGCAAAAGUGAAAGUGAAAGUAAAACGGAAACAAGUAGCCAAGCCAAAGCCAAACCAUCAAAACCUGUCUUCAGAGCCACUGUGAGGGAUCUGCGGGGACGAGAGGUAACGGAAGAGGAACUGAAAGAUCCAGCUCUCUGGGAACUUUUAUUACAGGCUGUAGACAGUAAGUCAUUUGUAUUACAAGCUAAAGACACUAGACAGUGGUUAUCCCCAGCAAUAUACACUAGACAGUGGUUCUACAAACUAUAG